AUGCCACUCUAUGCCAAGUUCUUAAAAGAGCUCAUGACAAGGAAGAGAAACUGGGGUGAAAAGGAAACUGUGGUGCUCACUGAAAAAUGUAGUGCUAUCAUACAAAAUAAGCUACCCCAAAAGAUAAAGGACCUUGAGAGCUUUCAAAUUCCCUGCAUCAUAAGGGAUAUCAACAUUGAGAAGGCACUAUGUGAUUUAGGAGCCAGCAUCAACCUCAUGUCUUUGGCUAUGAUGAAAAGAAUGAGAAUUGAAGAGGCCAAACUAAUAAGAAUGGCCCUGCAAUUAGCUGACAGAACAUUCAAAUUUCCUCAUGGGAUGGUGGAAGACUUGUUGGUGAAAGUGGGAGAGUUUAUAUUCCCAGCUGAUUUUGUUGUGCUUGAUAUGAAAGAGGAGGCUAACACAUCAAUUAUCUUGGGAAGACCAUUUUAG